ACAAUACGCAUUAGUUACAGCUUGUUAGUUGCUUCGUAGUGUUUACCAUUUAGUGACGUAGUUAUUUCCAUGCUUAUAAUUGUCGUGUAAAUAGAUUUAAUUCACCUUAUAAUCAUUUACAACUAUCUUAUUAUCAACGAGUACUGGAAUUUGUAAAUUCGAAAAUCACAUUUACACAUAACAUUACAAUUUUGACUAGUAUUUUUGGAACUUAAUAUUAGCUCAUAUCUACAAACACGCAGAUACACAUACAUACAAUCAUAAUAAUAAUAUGACAGUCAGUCGUCCAAAACCAAGUGCUAGUCCAUCAGAUGAUUCAGCAGUUGGUGAUAUGAAUAGCAAUGGGACAAGUACAACAAGUAGUAGCAAUGGCGAGGCUACUUGUCCGGAAACUACUUCAACAACGACAGAAAGUCUAACUGAAUCGUAUACAAAAUUAGCAUUGAGUAAAAGACAAACAUCUCUAGUGAUAGAAUCUACAGCUGAUUCAAACGAUCCAGGAAAAAUGUUUAUUGGUGGUUUGAGUCCUACUACAACAUCUGAAGGCUUACGGGAUUACUUCCAAAAAUAUGGUGAACUUAGAGAGUAUAUGAUUAUGCGUGAUCCUCUUACAAAACGAUCAAGGGGUUUUGGAUUUGUUACAUUUUCUGAUCCAAUGUGUGUAGAAAAAGUCCUUGAAGCCGCUCCACAUAUUUUGGACUUCAAAAAGAUUGACCCAAAACUUGCAGUUCCACGUAAACCUGGACAGAAUGCAAAAUUAUCCACAAGAACUAAACGUGUAUUUAUUGGUGGGGUUGCAACUCAAACAACAAAUGAAGAACUUAGUGAAUACUUUAGUCAAUUUGGAAAGCUGGAAUCAUGUGAAUUGAUGAUGGACAAAUCAACUAAUCGACAUAGAGGUUUCGGUUUUGUCACCUUUGAAUCAGAAGAAUCGGCGGAGAAAGUCUGUGAAAUCCACUUCCAUGAUUUGCAUAAUAAAAUGGUUGAAGCCAAAAAAGCAGUUCCCAAAGAAGUGAUGAGUACAAACAACUCCUUAAUCAAACAAAGGCAUCAGUUCAUUCGUGCACCGAUUCCUCACUUUCUACCUGGGCAAUUAAAUGGAGCUGCGGCAGCCGCAGCAGCUGCAGCUGCUACAUAUACAUUAACGGCAACAUCACCAAUUACAGCACGUCAACCAAGUGCCUAUGCCUACUUACCUGGAUACUAUUUAUCCCCAGGAACCCCAAUGUUCUAUAAUCCAUCAACUGGCGUCGUAGUCAAUCCACACACAGGACUCUUGCCUUCUACACUGAAGGCAAACCAACUAAGAACUCUUCAAGAUUCUCAAAUAGGAAGUUAUGAAUUGCUCAAUUCAUCAACUGAUUUAAUUUCUCUAUUCACCCAUUCAUUACAGACAGUUCAACCGACUACAUUUAUUGCUUCCAAAUCACCUGAUUCGAUGUUUACUGGCACAGUAAGCAAUUACAAUAAUAUUGGUAAUCAGAAUAAUAGUCAGAUGAACAAACAAAUUAUUGAUCCUAAUACAAACAUUAACAAAAUGAACAUAAAUUGCAGGCAAUCAGUAACGCACUAUGAUGGAGAAAAUGUGGCAGAAUUUCUCAGCAACAGCAAUAGAUCUAAUAAAUUACAAUUUCUACUGAAUCCAAUGAAUAUACCGUCAUUACUACCGAACGGUGAAACUGUUAAUAAUAAUUCACUAUCUAGUUCAUCAACCCACUGUCUCCAAACAGAUAUAACCAGAGCAAAAUCUGACUCCAUUACGAUAAACCACCAUUCGCAUCCAACUAUCACCCACCUUUCCAAUUGUCAGUCUUUUUAUAAUCAUCAUCAGCACCAACAACAAAUAUUAGGCCCACCACCUGUCCCACUUCCUCAACAAUCAUCGCUUGCUGGAAUGAAUUAUCAUCAGGUUACUGGGUCAGAUAAUCAUCUGACAAAUGGACAAGCGCAUUAUAUUUUUACAGGUACACCCAAUGACCCAGAUCCUGGUCAUACAAAGAUCUUUCACAGUCAUUUACAAAACUCACCAGUUGCAAUAAUUCCUGAGUUGGACUAUAACGCUUGUCCGAUUAUUCACACGUACACAAAUGGGUGAUGGUAUCUAGCAUACAAUGUUGUGUCACACAAGAAAAUUGUGCACAACAAUAAAUUUUUAUCUUUGUCAUAUCAUCAAAAAAAUAUUGAAAUUGAUUAGUCAACCUAUGAAAAAUCUACUGUUUCGCUUCAAUUAUUCCUCAUAUUCGCUUGCCAUCUACACUCCUCUAGAAGAUAUGAACUAGAUCUUGGAUUCUUCUUCAGCUUAUUUCAUCUUCAAAGUCGAUAUCGCCAUUCGUCUGUAUAAUGUAAAUAUGGUUAAAAAAAACUGUCCAUUUGAAUUUACAUUCUCAUCCUUAUCUCUUUCUCUCUCCCUCACUGUCUUUGAAUUACUUAAACUCUCACAAUGAAGAUUUUGUUACCCUUUAUUGUGUUUAUGUACCAGUCGUCUUGGCUCAGGUGAACAGUCUCACAUCCUCUGAACAACUGAGAAAAAAACCACCAGUUUCAUAUGACGUCCAAUCAGAUUUUGUGUAUUGAAAUAGUAAUGUACAUCAUGCAUCUUUAUCUCAUUGAUCAAUCACUGCUCAAUCUAUCACUGUCUCACAUCUAACCAACUACUUGAAUCUCUGAUUUUCUCUUCAACUUUCACUAAACCAUAUCGAAUUACUGACUUUUUGAAUAAUAUUUUAAAAUUGUAUCUAUCUCAUUCCUCACUUGCCUAUUAUUUUGUCAGGUAGUGGAGUUUUUCCUUUUUUUUCCGAUUUAUCAAGAUAACCAACUAUGCACUUUCAUGAUAGAGAAAAUGAAAAUUUCCACGAAGAGGGAGAAGUUGCAUCACCUAGUAAAUGGAAUAAAUCUUUGUGGAAACUUUUUCUCAACAAAAUUAACUUUCUCCUCUUGAUCAGUGAAUUUAUAAAGCACAAUUUAAAAGAAAUAACCUUUUUGUCCACAAAGAAAAAUUCAAUCAUUUAAAUUGUGACGUUCUUGUUAAAAUCAAUUUUUUCUAGAUAAAAAUCAAUUUUUAAAGGUACAUUAAUCUAUAAAAUACCGUAAAAGUUCAAUGAAAUUUUGAUUAUAGACUUAAAAUUGAAUUAAUUAAUAAUCACUUUUAUUUAUUGUUUAAAAUGACAGAGAAAGAAAAUUAACUCACAGGCUUUUAUCUUUAAAAGAUAUUUUCCUUCAUCUUUAUUUUGGAAAACAUUGAAAAAUUCAUUAUAUAAAAAUAUAUUAUGAUUAUUUAUUAACGAUGGUAUGGUUUUUUACAUUCCUUAUUCCUAUGGCAUAUUUCUAUUCCUUUGUGACUGUAUACCAAAGAUGUACAAACAAUGAAAUUAAUUUAAUUUCUUCAACAAUCCCACAUCCGCAGACAUUACCCCAUUUAACCAACUAAUCCCGAUCCUGAAUCGAUAAUUUGACUAUUAAAACUUUCGAAAUAUUCAGUCUGUUUUCUUUGAAUCGACAUUAAAGCAUACAUUCACAUAAUUUUCAUAAAAUUAUCACAUUAAAUAAUUAAUAAGAAAAAAAGUAAUUGGAACAUUGAUAGUCAUUAUUAUGAUGAAUCACUACAAAGCUUGAGAUUGCAUAAAACACCGGAAUUCACGAUAGACAUUAUUUUACGUAGCUCAUUGCUAACUAGAUAAUGAAUGGCAUUUCAAAAUUUCUAUCAACUUGCAAUUUCUCAACUUCUUAAAUCUUCUCACUUUCAUAGUGUUUUCUACUCAACUUCUCAUCACCAGUCUAAUAUAAACUAUUCUAUUGUGUUCAAUGCAAAAAACUGAGGAUUCAACAGGCUUCAGUCUCUUUUAU